AAUGCGCUUCAUGUAAACAACAGCGCUCAGUCGGAAUUGUUGUCUUGUGGAGACUUCCUGCCGCUACACUUUCUCGCCAGGUUUUUGACUUUCCUUUGUUAAUCUGAAGGCAGCAAGGAUGAGUUCUUCACACUCAGAAAAGGAUCUGGAUAACACGAAUUGUAGUCGUGGUGUUUGGUUGGUGAAAAUUCCCAAGUAUAUGAAGGAUAAGUGGGUAGAAUGCCCAGGAGAUGUUGGGAAGCUCAGAAUUAACAAGGCCCCAGGAAAGGUACCAACAGUUACAUUCAAGUCCGCAGAAAACUUGAUGGAUAGCAAGACCCCAAGAGAACACAAAUUCAUUUUACACAGUGUAAAAGAACAAACUUUAGGGGUGUUUUCACAUACAGUCGGCAGUGGAAGCAGUGAUGCUGUGGUUCCAGAGACAGAGAAACUGUUUAUGGAAGGGCAGGUCAUCCAGAAAUUUGAGUGUCAGCCAGUUGUGGAUACAUAUUACUUGAACCAGAAGAGGGAAGCUGUGAAGAAGGCAGCCCAGCCAUGUCGCCAGUCCAAGUUCAUCCAGAGGCCUGUCACAGUCUACCGUCCUAUUGCCGCUCACAAGCAUACUAUUGAGGUAGAAGAACGUAAGAAAGCUGAGGGUAAAAAGGCUCGUGAUGAUAAGGACAAAGUCAUGGAGAUGCUCUUCGCUGCCUUUGAAAAACAUCAGUACUAUAACAUCAAGGAUCUGCAGAAAAUUACACGUCAACCAAUUACUUAUCUGAAGGAGAUACUGAAUGAAGUGUGCGAUUACAAUGUCAAGAACCCUCACAGGAACAUGUGGGAAUUAAAGCCCGAGUACCGGCAUUAUAAGGCUGACGAGGUAGAGGCUGCAGAUGAUCCUAAUAGUGAUUAAGGAUUUGAACUUAGCAAAGGCAUUAUUAUCAUAAGGCUCUUCGUGAUGAACUACCCUCACGCCAUCGUUUCGUAUUUUGUGUUAUGGUAUAGACAAAGAGUUGUUACUUUGUUUUUAUUGUCUUUGGAUUAGGAAGAGAGAUCAUUUUUUUUUUUUUACUUUUUUGGUAAAUUUUAUUAAUGCUAGUAUAAAUUUAACUUUUUUUUAAUUAUUAAUUGAUGAAAUUUAUUAUUGAUUUCAUAAAGAUGGAUUUGUGUAAGGAUUCCUACUCAGCUCCAUGUUAAACACAUGCAUUUCAAAGUAUUAGGCUGUGGUAUGAUUUUUUUUAUAAAGAUUUCUGUGGUAAUACUAUUACAGUAAGGGAUUUUAGCCUAUAUAAAUGUUUGAAAUUAUUGAAGAUCUUUUCUAGAUAUAAUAAAAAAAAAAAAGGUU